CACUCCAGUUUCCUUAUCCACUUUAAUUCAGGAAGAAAAUUGACGCUCUACACCGGCUCAUCACAGGAAGCGCAGCAUCUUUUCAUCCUUAGCAGCCAACUUCACGAGCAUCAAACCAUCGCUCAUCUCUCCUCCCAGCAGUCUGCUCGCCAACUUGAGCAACAAGAUCGUCUUCAGUACAACGAGUCCUACGUCUACAGUGAAGGUGAAGUGGUUGCAGGUAACCGACUCCACGGAAAUCCUGACGUAACGAAGGGGGAUAAACUACUGGUAGAAACUAGUGACUCGCCUCUCUUCCCUCAAAUAGGUGUCAGCUCUAGUCAUGAUGCCAGUGAUUCGGGUGUUGUCAAAGAUGAUGCGUCACAGCAACAGGAGCAUAGACAAUCCGCUUAUAUUUGA